AUGUCUGCACCCGGCCCUGAAGAACCGUCUUUCCAUCCUGUUGCGCGUGCGCCGGCGCCAUGGAAACUCACGGCGGAAGUGUAUAUGCUGUUUCAUGUGUUGAAGGGGUUGCCUGGGGGUGUGCAUGGUGAGCUUGAGGGGAAGGAGGGCCCCUACGACGAACUCCUCCUCGUCCCCGGAAACUUCACCGUCCCACAACCAACAACCACCCCAUCCGGCCAGCCACACAUCAAAAUCCCCAAAAAAGCCCAGCGUAUAUCCCGCAUCUACGUCUCCCAACGCACAACAACCUACAACGGGCGCCUAAAUUGGAACAUUCCCAAACAGCUCGCCCGCUUCUCUUUCUCCGCACCGCCUACUGCCCCCGGCGCCUCACCCCCAUCCACUCUCACUGUGCAAGUCUUCCCGCCUGGCACCAAAGAAGGAGAUGGCGGCGCACCCUUCUUUGCCUGUACUCUCAAACCCUGGCAAUGGGUUCCGUCAAUGCCGUUGAACACGAAAUACCUCCCUCUCAGCAUGGCUGCCGCGCAACCUCCCCUGCCAUCUGCGCCGGGUCACGAGAAAGCGGUUAAAGAAGUGCAAGAAGGACUACAGGUAGACGACUACGACACAGACAUUAAGAAGAUGGACGCGGUGCUAGUAGGAACACAGAAGUGGCGGGCGUUUGAUAUUGCAGCGGUCACGCCGAGGGCGCGGGGGUGCUGGGUUGAGGUGCAUGAGAAGAAGGAGAGUGAGGUGGAGCAGGAGGGUGAGAAGAAUUGGUGGCCGAGGGGACUGGGUGCGUGGAGUGUGGGGGCUUGGAUGGAGGAUGUGGAUUGGAAGUUGGGGGAGGUGGUGGAGUGGACGGUGUAG